CGGUUCCGGUGCGCGAUGCGGGGUCUGGCGGCGGCCGCGGGGCGGGAACGCGGAGCGGUAAAAGCGGCCGGAAUGAAGGGGGUGACGAAAGUGUCUAAAGUGACCAGAGCGGCUAAAAUGGCGAAACCCAAGCGGAGGGCGAAGCUGGCCGCGGCGGAUCAGACGGCCGCUGCCGAGGCGGCGCGGCGCGCCCGCCACCUGAAGGCGCUGAGCUGCGCGUCUGGCGCCGAGCGGGAGCUGGAGGAGCUGGUAUUCGGUGACAGCCUCAACGUGGAGGAGGACGAUCUGCUGCGGCGCCUGGCCGGGCCCCCACGGGUUACUGCUGCAGAGGGGAAGGACCUCCGGGAAGAGCCCAGCGAUUCGGAGGUGGAGAAUGAAGUGAAAGGUGAUUUACUGCCCAAAAAGCCGGCGUGGGUGGAUGAGGAUGAUGAAGCCGAGGAAAAUGUUGAUAUGACCCAUAAGUACAGGAAAGAUUUCAUGAAAAGUGAUGCCGAGACAACGCUUACUAAGAAAAAACUGAAGAAAAGACUUGAAGAACAGUUUCAACAAGCCAUGGGAGGAGUUCCUGCUUGGGCUGAUCUAGAAAACAGAAAGAAAUCCAAAAGGACUUCGAGUGACAGUGAUAGUGAUGAAGAUGAUGAUCUGCUACGCAGGACUGGCAAUUUCAUAAGGAGCUCAGAGUCUCUGCCAAGUGGGAUUUUAAAGAUGAGCACCUGCCUUCCUGCAAACCAGGAACGUUUUGCCAAUGGAAAACUGGUGACAGUGCAGUUUCAUCCUUCAGCUCAAGUGGUGAUGACAGCUGGGCACGAUCGCUCUGUGUCCCUCUUCCAGGUGGACGGUAUAAGGAACCCAAAAAUACAGAGCAUCUAUUUAGAAAGCUUUCCAAUUUAUAAGGCUCGUUUCAGUGUGGAUGGAGAACAAGUUAUAGCCACUGGUACUCACCACAGCAUGUUCUUUGUGUAUGACAUGAUAGCUGGGAGGAUCAUCCCCAUCCCAAAAGUAAGAGGUGUGGAGGAAAAAUUUCUCAGAAACUUCGAACUCUCUCCAGAUGGAUCAUUUAUGUUGCUAACUGGAACUUCAGGUUACCUUCACUUGCUGUCCAUGAAGACAAAAGAACUGAUCAGCACUAUGAAGGUGAAUGGAAGGUGCACUGCCUCUGCUUUCACCCCAGACAGCAGUAAAAUAUACAGCUAUUCAAAGGAAGGUGAAGUUUUCAUUUGGGAUGUGAGAAGCAGAAAGUGUCUACACAAAUUUGAAGAUGAAGGUUCUUUAGAAGGGAAGUGCAUUGCUGUUUCAAAAAAUAACCAGUAUGUGGCAUGUGGUUCAUCUUCUGGAGUUGUAAAUUUAUACACCACUGAUGCCUGCUUCAAAGAAAACCAUCCUAAGCCAGUUAAAGCCAUAAUGAACCUUGUUACUUCUGCCACCUGUGUGACCUUUAAUCCCACCACAGAGAUCUUGGCAGUGGCUUCCCGUGACACUGAUGAGGCUGUCAAAUUGGUGCACCUUCCUUCAUAUACUGUAUUCUCAAACUUCCCUGUGUUCAGAAGAAAACAGAUUUAUCUUGCUCAGUCUAUGGACUUCUCUCCCAGAAGUGGAUAUUUCUCUGUAGCAAACAACAAAGGCAAAGCUUUGUUGUUUAGGCUAAAACAUUAUUCAUCCUUCUGAAAGAAGAUACAGGAGAAGAUGAACCAGUAACUGAGGUGUUGUAACCUGCAGAAACAAGGAUGCUGAUAAAAUCAAAGCUGUUUUUUUUUUUAUAUAUGGAAGCAAAAAAAUAUUAAUAGAAUAUAUGUUGGGUUUUUUAAUUGUUUGUUUUAAAUAAAUAUACCUGGUAAGUUUCCAGGCAACUUG